GAGCCUGAGCGAGGAGCGGUGAAGGGAGCCCGUUGGUGCUCGCGGGAAGGGGGGGGGUUGAGGCGCUGCUUUAAUUGGCCGAGGUGGUUGCCAAUUGGAGGUCUCGCCACGGCGCCCCCGCCCCCUCGCGGGUAGCAGGCGGGUUAGGUUGUGAGUCCAAGACGCAGCCGGGAAGGAGACGCUGCCCUUCUCAAGCCAUGGAGCACGGAUGCACGUACUUGGGAGUCCUUUAUCUUCUUGUUCUACUAUUUUGACGUCACACUGAGAAACUUUGGCUCUUUUUGCCUUUUAACUGUCAGCAUAACAAUGGUGCACUUCUUCAGCUCAUACUCUUUGAAGGGACACAGAACAGGAUGUCCACGUUCCGGUUAUUAAGGCACGGCUGAAUUCUAAUGGCACGGAAAGCAAUUCACUGCAAAAGCCUGACUGUAGGAUUCCAGGGCUUCUUCAAAAACACCACUGGGUUUCUUGGUGAACUUUCUUGGCUGGAGUCAUCCCUGUAACUUUUUCCAGCUCAUGCCCAGAACCUCCUUGAAAAAUGGCGUUUCAGAGAACUGAAGGAAUGUCCAUCAUUCAGGCUCUGGCGAUGACUGUUGCAGAGAUACCAGUGUUUCUUUACACAACAUUUGGCCAGUCUGCCUUCUCUCAGCUGAGGCUCACUCCGGGCCUCCGAAAGGUGCUGUUUGCCACUGCUCUCGGGACAGUCGCCUUGGCGCUCGCGGCGCACCAGCUGAAGCGCCGGCGUCGGCGGAAGAAGCAGAUCGCCCCAGGGAAGGCCGAGGCAAAGCCCACAGGGCUCCCCGUUCCUGUCUUGCCGACGAGGAGGGUCCCUUCCAUGAAAAAAGGUUACUCCGGCAGGCACGUGCAGAGCCCCAGUGGCAAAAGCAACGACACACUGAGCGGGAUCUCCUCCAUUGAUCCCAGCAAGCACUCCAGCUCGUCCCACAGUCUCGCUUCGAUCACGGCGGCCAACCCCUCCAGCUCAACUCCAGCCUUAGCAGGACCCUGGGAGGUGCGACCCGUGGAAGAUCCCGUAGCCGCAGGAGACUGCAGUGCAGAAAACCUCUACUUCCAAGGGAUGGAACUCUUUGAGGAGGCCCUGCAGAAGUGGGAACAGGCCCUGACGGUCCGGCAGAGAGAUCACAUCAGUCCCUCCAUCACCUGGGACAGUCCUAAAGAGCAGGAGUUGUUGCCGGAGGCUCUCCCAGAGCAGGAAGCACAGAAAAGAGAGUUUGCUGAGAAGCUGGAGUCCCUCUUGCACCGGGCGUACAACCUCCAGGAAGAUUUUGGCUCCACCCUUCCCGCCGACAGCAUGUUACUAGACCUGGAGAGAACGCUUAUGUUUCCCCUCACCGAAGAGAGUCUGAGACUUCGGGCUGAUAAUGACGAAGACAGCUUGACCUCUGAGGACUCCUUCUUUUCUGCUGCGGAGCUUUUUGAUUCCAUACAAAUUGGGGAUGUGCCCUUCCAGCUCUCCAAGCCAGUUGCAGCCUACGAGGAAGCAUUGCGGUUGGUGAAAGAAGGAAGGGUUUCAUGCAGGACUUUCCGGACAGAGCUUCUAGGCUGCUACAGUGAUCACGACUUCCUAGCAAAGCUGCAAUGCGUCCGGCAAGCCUUUCAAGAGCUUUUGCAAGUGGACGGCAACCAGUUGUUUUUUGCGGAGGUGGGAAAGCGGAUGGUGAUGGGGCUGAUGAUCAAGGCUGAAAAGAACACUAAGGGUUUCCUGGAAAGCUAUGAUGAGAUGCUGCGAUACACCCUGAGGCCGGAGACGUGGCCGACCACUCAGAAGGAGCUGGAAGGUCGAGGGGUAGUCUGCAUGAGCUUUUUCGACAUUGUGUUGGAUUUCAUCCUUAUGGAUGCCUUUGAGGACCUAGAGAACCCGCCUUCCUCGGUGCUGGCUGUCCUGCGGAACCGUUGGCUCUCGGACAGCUUCAAGGAGACGGCCCUUGCUACUGCCUGUUGGUCAGUUUUGAAAGCUAAGAGGCGGCUUCUGAUGGUCCCAGACGGCUUCAUCUCUCAUUUCUACUCCGUAUCGGAGCACGUCAGCCCUGUUCUGGCCUUUGGCUUUCUGGGGCCGAAGGAACAUCUGUCAGAAGUCUGCAGCUUCUUCAAGCACCAGAUCCUUCAAUAUUUGAAAGACAUGUUUGACCUGGACAUUGUAAGAUACUCGACGGUGCUGUUACUGGCGGAAGACAUUCUCCAGCUCUCCCGGCGCCGCAGCGAAAUCCUGCUGGGCUACUUGGGUGUCGAGACCACGCCGGAGAUGAAUGGAACUUUGCCUAGUGACAUCAUACCCUUUGAUGAGUUCAACUAAAGCUCAUUUGUCCAGGCAAGAGACCUCCUCGCUUUUAAGAGAUUCUCUCCACCCUACCCUUACCCCCUCAAAAUCGGGAACUGUCUUGCCACAACUAAGUGGCUUAAGUGGUGGCAGCAAAGACUCUCUUCUGUCUCAAAAAUGAGUCGGGACAUUGGAUGUCUGCCCAGCUGGAUCUAGAGUUUUGGCAAGAGGUGUUCAAGGACGUUCAGUGGACCUGUUUGUGAUGCAUCUCUUCUUUUUUUAAAAAAAAUCUUUUUUAGCUCUAGUGUAAAUUAUGAAACACACCCUUCCCAGGCUUGCAAGGUGGAGGGGGAUAGUGCACAAGACCAUUAUUUUCCCUUCCUGUUAAAUGUGCGAGGGGAUUCCUGAUGAAAGUGGGGAAGAGUUGGGAAGGAGAGAGGCUUUCACCCCAAUUCCUAAUCUUUCCUCGAUUCAAGAGUUUUCCUUUAAAAAAAAAAGACUUGUUUUUGCUGUGUCCAUAUGUAUAUUCAGGCUCUUAACUUGUUUUAAUUUUACGAAUUCUAGUGUGUGUCAUGAUCUCAGAUGGCACAGGAAGAGAUUUGUCCUGCCCUUCAAAGGAUGAGAUGUUUCUGUAAAGCUGGGAUAGGAAGCCUGCGGCCCUCCAGAUGCUGUUGGACUCCAUCUCCCAUUGUCCCCUGCAGCCAGCAUGUCCAAUGGUCAGGCAUGGUGGGAGCUGGGAGUCCAGCAACAUCUGAAGGGACAACAGGCUUCCCUAUCCCUGAUCUAAGAAAGAGCAUUCCCUCUUGCAUGCAAGAGAUGGAAGAAUGCUUCAAUUUAGAAGAGGCAUUUCCUCAUGAGAGACAGAGAGGGGGGAAUGCCUCUUCUUAGAUCAGGGAUAAGGAACAUCUGUGACCCUCCAGAUGUUGUUGGACUCCCAAGCCCCAGCAGCCAGAAUGUCCAAUGGUCAGGGACAGUGGGAGCUGGGAGUCCAGCAACAUCUGGAAGGCCACAGGUUCCCCAUCCCUGGCUGGCUGAGUAGAGCUCCACUGGUGAGUGGGCUCCAGGGAGGGGGAGGGGGAGGCCAGGAGGCAGGAAGAAGCUGCUUUUUGUUGGCAAGAUGAAAUCUACAGUGUCCCGCUUUUCAUCUCCAUAGUGGCCCAGACACUAGGCAAUUCCUCUUCCUCCAUUUAUGAGAGGGGUGGGGAACCUCUAGCCCACAGGGCCUAUAUUAGGCCCAUGGGGCCAUUUCUUCCAUGCCGCGCCCAUCUGUCCUACACCCGACAUCACGAAUGAUGUUGGCGGUGAGGGGCGUGGCAGCUAAGAGCCUGGCUCAGCCGUUGCCAGGCACCGCUAGUCAGCUGGUCCAGGCAGCGCCCACAAAACCCCUCCGCCGGGUGCUCUGUGCAAGAGAAGUCCUUUGAAAAGGGGACUUUAGGGAGAUUGUCUUGCACCGCUCUCUGCGUAGGGGUUUCUCGAGAGGGCCUUGCGGAGGGGUGCUUUGCAGACUGCUCUGCCAGGCAUUAGUGGGACAAAAGUCACUUGAUGUCAGGUGAUUGGCAGAUUGGUAGCUCCACCCACCUGCUGCAUUUGGCCCGCGAGGGGUGGAGGAGAUCGCUAUCUAGUCCCCUCUGGCCGGAUCCAGUUCCCCCACUCUGAUCUAAAAGGAAGCAAAUUCUAGAGCUGUGAAGAGGAGGAGGACAUUGGAGGAGCAGGCACACACACAUACUUCUUCCCCCUAGAGUUAUGGAGUGGGCGGUCCACCACCUGCUGCAGUCUCACCAGCUGGGUACUGUGACACGCUUUGCUGAUUGCAGAGAGCAAAUCCAGGGGACUUACUGUGUAGUGUUUUGGUUUUCACUGAAGCUGCGGCCACGGUGCAAAACUACUAUGUGGCAGGGUUGGGAUCAGGUCACUAAAGUUACGAGUCCGUACUGUGACUGGAAAUGCUGUUCCCUUGUGCAGGAUUGGUCCUCCGGCUGAUUUUAGAAAUGGCGGCUAUUCAAAAACGAGGAUUCUGGAAAGCGUGGGAGUUCCUCAGAUGCUUUUCGGGAGGGAGAUCUCUCCACCAUGGAUGGUGUGCCCACCACCAGCAAUGUGAAGUCGCAGCAGGGGGAGUAUCAGCGGGGGGGCGUGGCGUUCUAGGAUGCCCUGGUCUCAUGCAGGCUGACGGUUUGGCCUUGCAAAUCCAGCAGGUGCUGCUAAAAUGCAUUUCUUAAUUCUGUGCAGAACGUGGCGGCCCCUUGGGCACAGAAGUUGAAUGAGGGAAGGAAGAUCUUCUGAGGGUAGGAAAUGUCCAAAACCACUGUGUUGUUUCUUUAACAGCAUAUCUGCUAGCAUAUCGGCAGCGUUCGGUAUGCUGUGGGAAACUUUAUGCUAACUGUGAGGGGCUGGUUGUGUUGUCCUGUAACAGGCGUUUUAAAAUGCCGUUUGGUAUUUCCAGGAACAGUCUGUCCCCUUCCACUUCACCCCUCUGUCUCUCAGUCUGGGCAGUAUCCUCUUUUUAAUGUGCAGAUGGAGGUAAGGGGGAAGAAAAUGUCUGGGACUGUUAUAGCUGAGGGAGCAAAAUGGAAAGCUGUCCAGAGCUGUAAACUGAAUAAAAGAAGAUGCACUUCAGAGAGCAGGUUCUGAUGGGAAAUACUUUAAUCUGUCCACACCAUGAGUCUACAUAUGGAAAGUUCUAAUGCUUGCACAGAGGAGCUCCUUAGAUGAAGGCGAUGGCGCGCUGUACCAAAAAAAUUAGAUUUCCCCCCCAAAAAAGAUGGCUUCCCACUAGCUAAGUUGGCAGUAUUCCUCAGAGAAGAAUUUGAGGCAAAGGCCUAGUUCAUUCCAUUAUUUAAACCGUGGGUUUCUCUGUCCUCCUCUUUCCUUCCUUGUAUGCACAAGGAACAUUUUUCCCUUCAGGUGAAACCACAGUUGUGUGUUACAUACAAACUCAGGGAAACUAGUUUGUUCAAACCAAAGUUGUUGAAACCAACCAGGAUUGAACUGUGCUCUGUCACCUUGGCUUGUUAAAUAAUUUUGGUUACAGCAGGGGAUGGGGAACCUGUGGCUCACCAGGGUUUCUGGGCUACCAGCUCCCAUCACUUGGACCCUCAGGCAUGCUUGCUGAGACCAAUGGGAGUUGGAGUUCAACCAAAUACAGAGGGCCGCAGCUUCCCCCAAUUCUGGGUUACAGCAAACAACUUCCCAAAUUUUGUAUGUAACUUGGAACUGUGGUUUGCCCUAAAUUAGAAAACAGAAGCUUUCACUCCUCGUGCAUGAAAGGGGGGAUGAAAGGAAGAGCACCCAUGCCUACAACUCUAGUUUGCAAUAAUCUAAAGUGUGGUUUAGGUUGACUGAACCUCUCUGCCAUCUUGCAGACUCAAUGUUCUUAGGAGAUAAACUUCCUGCAUUCAAGCUGCCAGUUUUGGUCUGAGGUGCCUAUCUGAUUGUCGUUGAACUACAACUCCCAUCAGCAACCCACCCACAUCUAGAGAGUCACAGCUUUCCCAUUCCUGGUUUAAAUAAACCAGUGCGACCUUAUCGCAUCCGGUUUGGCCUCCAAAUCAGAUAGGAGGCCACAUCCACACCAUAUUAUACCACUUUACUCAUGGUUUCUUCCCUCAUAGGAUCCUGGGAACUGUAGUUUGUUCAAGCACUGAGAGUUGUUAGGAGACCUUAUUCCCAGUUCUCAGCACCUUUAACAAAUGACAGUUCCCAGGAUUCUUUGGUGGAAGCCAUUACUGUUGCAAGUGUUAUAAGAGUGCUUUAAAUUUAUUGUGCAGAUGUGGCUGGCAAUUCUCAGAGCUCGUUUGACAAUCUGUUUUAUUAGGUUAAUUUUUUUUUUUAAGGAAGGGGAUGCAUUGAGUUUUUAAUAUGUGAACACUUGAGCUACUUUAUUGGAGAUUCCACUUUUUAUGCUAGAAUAUGACUAGGGUUGCCAACUGACCAGUAAAGGAACCUUGCCAAGACUGUCCCUGCACCUUUUUAACAGCUGCUUAUUGUGCAGGAAUCAGCAGAUCUAGAGGUGACACACAAUCACUUGCUCAUGGGCCGAUUCACGCAUCAUGCCAAACCACGGUUUCCUAUGCAUGAGCUGAUAGCACCUGCUCCGUUCUACUCUGCUCACAUUGGGGAGAAACAAACCAUGAUCCCUAGUUUGGACAU